AUGGCGGACGAUUUGGAUGCAGAGCUUCUGGCUCUGGCCGGUGACUCUGAGGAGGAAGAGCAUUCACCUCCCCCUCGGAAAGAUGAUUCCCCUUCUCCCUCACCUUCCCCUCGCUCACCAGAUCAUGAUCAAUCACCUGAGACGAUGGGGCGCAAAGGAACUGCGAAGCCUUCCCGCCGAGGGAAGAGGCCUGUCAGAGACGAAGAGGAUGGUGAAGUGUCCGAAGCCGAGUCACACGACUCCCUCCAGUCUGCACCCAUGUCUGAGUCCGACUCUGAAGCUGGAGACGCCUCCGACGACGAAGACCGGCCCAUCUUUCCCUACGACAAGCUUUACUACUCUGCAAAGGAGAAGCAAGAAAUCAUGGCCAUGCCCGAAAUUCAACGUGAGGAGCUGCUUUCAGAACGUGCCCAGCAAGUCGAUCGCCACAACCAAGAUCUGGCUCUGCGCCGCCUUCUAGCCUCUCGUGAGCGCGAAGAAGCGCGUGCUGCCGCCAAACAGGCCAAGCGCAAGGCGGGUUCCGCCGGCCUCGAUGAUACCCAGCGCAAGAGUUCUCGGCAGAAGACCACCCUGGGCGGCCGCAAAGUGGGAGAAACCUCGGGCGCCAUCGAGGCGUACAAGCGCCAGCGUGAGCAGAAGGGCAAGCGUGAUGAACUCCGUCGCCGUGAUCCCACGCAGUCACGCCGCCGCUCUCGCUCUCGAGGCUCUGAUCUCUCCGAUGAAGAUGGCGAGCUUGAGAGUGAUCUCGAGCUGGAAGAUCGUCGUUCGCCUUCGAUUCCCAAGGACGAUCCCCCCGCCGAGCUCCGUGACAUUCAGCGUGCUCGUGUUGGCCGCAGCAACUUUGCCCAGGUCUGCUUCUACCCCGGAUUCGAGGAAGCCAUUACUGGCUGCUAUGCUCGUGUUAACAUCGGCCCUAAUCACGACACUGGCCUGAACGAGUACCGCCUUUGCUUGAUCCAGGGCUUCAACACGGGAAAGCCUUACGCUAUGGAGGCCAAGAAUGGUCGUCCGUUCAUCACCGACCAGUAUGCCAAGCUUGCCCACGGCAAGGCUGUGCGAGACUUCCCAUUCAUUGCUUGCUCCGACUCUCCGUUCUCUGAUGCUGAGUACAACCGCUACCGCAAGACCCUGGCAGUUGAGGACUGCAAGAUGGCUACGCAGAGCAACCUGGCCUCCAAGGUUGCAGAUAUUAACCGUCUCAUCAACCACGUGUUCACCCCCGAGGAGAUGAGCCGGAAGUUGCGCAGACAGGGUGUGCUCGAUGAAGACACCAACAUUCUCCGACGUGCCGAUCUCGAGCGCGAUAUCAAGCUUGCCCGAGCCAACGGCAACGAAGAGAAAGCCGAUGCCCUUCAAAAGGAACUGGACGAGAUCGUGAACCCCAAGCUUUCCUGGGGCACAUCCCUCAUCAAGCAACAGACAGGCUCUGAUAAGAAGCUCUCCGAAGCCGAGCGUGUCCACCAGAUCAACCUUCGCAACCAGAAACUCAACUACGAGAACGUGCGCCGGGCUCAGCUUGAGGAGCGCAAGGCGGCUCGUAAGAGCGCCGCUGCUGUCGCUCGCGGAGAGGCUGCCCCAGAUCCUUUCAUGCGUGUCCGCACCGUUGCCAAGACGCAUCACGAUCUCUCGGACAAGCCCAAGGAUGGUGCUACGGACGAUACCCCCACCGAGACCCCCAAGGAGUCGCCUAAGGUCGGUACUGAUGGUGUCGCGCGAGCGGCUGCCGCCUCAGGUGUCACACCUAAGAAGCCCAAGAGCGGUUUCAUGAUCAGCUACCGCAACACGGAUGAUGAGAACAUCGCUGCUCUGGAUCUUGAUAUCGAUAUCGAGAUCUAG